AUGAAAACAUCUCAAUAUGUCCAAGCUGUUGUGAGAGGGCAUUUAGUCAGGAAUCAUGUUGUGGGAACUUUAAGAUGUGUUCAAGCUAUUGUCAAGAUGCAAGCUCUUGUUCGUGCUCGACGUGCUGACAUGGCAUCUGAACUACAUUCGGAUCCAAAAUAUAUUUCCAUCGAGAAGCUACUAAGUAACAGUCUUGCUCGACAGUUACUGGAACCUGCACCGAAGAACAAACAAAUCAACAUCAAAUGUGUCCCUUCAAAAUCUGAUUCCGCUUGGAAUUGGUUGGAGAGAUGGAUGUCUGUGUCUUCACCAGAAACAAUGGAAUCACGCACUCCAGAACAGAAUCAAGAAAAGGUUAUUUCUGUGAUUCGUGAUUGUGAAUCAAUGGAAUUGGAAUCCAGUGUUGGAGAAGAAACCGUGUUUUCUGAUGAAAAAUUCGACUUGGUCAAAGUCAAUACUGAAGAAAAGUCAGAUGAAGAAGAAAUUCCUCAACCUGAAUCCAUGGAUUUGAUUGUUGAAGAAUCUGUAUUAGAAAUCGAACCCAAACGUGUAACAAACAGACUUGCAACUGAUGAAGCAGAUUCAGAAGGAAGAAAAUCAGUUUUUGGAUCAAGAAAGCCAAUCAGUCCAUCUUUCAUUGCUGCCCAGUCAAGGUUUGAAGAGUUGACUUCCAAGAACAACAUCCCAUCAAAACCAUCCGAUUCAUCUAAACAAGAAAAUGACGAUUUUACCCCUGAACACAUCACCCCAUCAAUACUUCUUCUAAUCAAGACAAUGACGUUGAUACCCCUGAACACAUCACCCCAUCAAAACCCAUGGUCAAGCCCUGAUGUUCAAGAUAAAGAGAUUUAUUUAAAAAAGAGACAUUCAUUACCUGGUAAUGGAAGACAAGCGUCACCUCGAAUUCAGAGAUCUAUUUUACUGUGA